AUGCCUGAAGUCAUUGAGCUUGUUUCGUCCUCGCCGGUAAGCAGUCUUCGUGGGACGAAAAACAAGAAGGAAUCUCCCAAGAACUCAAUAGAAAUCACAUUGGACCCUGGCGGCUCUGAUUUCCUGGAUUUCGAGAAUCACUGCCCUUCGAAAAAACGACGCAUCACAUCUGAAUUUAAACAAAAGACAUCAGUAUUUGACACGUCCCAGUUUGAUCUUUUGUCUGAUGAUGAGGUGUUACCUUUGCCCGAUUAUGUAGGCUUGACGGCUGCAUGCGGCAAGACUCAGCCAAGUCGUCUCCAAACCGCUUCAACAAGUUUUGAUGAUAUCACCUUUUCGUCUUCUGCACCCGAACUACGGCAGACAAGGACAGGUCUUGGGAAAGCACCAUGGGAUGUCCUCAGUGACAACGCAUAUGACGCCGAGUCACAAGAAGAUAUCAACGCCGUCUUUGGGGAUGAGCCCACUGAUGCUGGAUACUCGAACCGAACUGCGCUGCUGUUGGCGUCUCUGUCUCAACCUUUAAUGAAGGAAAACAAAGCGCCAGUGCGAUCUAUUGACACCAAGACAACCGUCAAGCCGACAAAGACCAGGUCUAAAAGUGAGCCUCACGAUGAUAUCGUUUUCUCUUCGAGUCCUGCCAAAGCUCGCUCAUCGAAAGCUUCUAAGCCACCAGCAGAUGCAAAAUUUAGUCGAGAGGCAGGGAAGGGAGCAGAGAAAGAAAGAAAACGGCUUCAGAGAGAUGCCGAAAAAGAAGCAGAGAAGGAAAGGAAGCGACUAGAACGAGAAAGAAAGACGCAAGAGAAACAGAAGGCCGCGGAUCUAGCAGAGGUCAACAAAUCUCGAACCAACAAGAAAAGCUCAGCGCCCGAAAUGAUAGUUGACGCUACUAGGGCAUUGCAAGGCACCAGCAUCGGAAAUCAAGUCGAAGAAUACAUGAAACAGGCUGAUAUUGAGUUGCACUACAUCGACGAAGAAUUCAACCUGACCGCGGAUACGGCUGGGAGGGAUCACUAUGGGAAUAUCAUAAGAUGGCGACGUAAGGUUGGAUCUACUUACAAUGAUGAACAGGAUCAGUGGGAGCCUACCUCCAAGACUACGAUUGUACGUGAGGAACAUGUUCUGGUUCAUUUGACUGCUGUUGAAUUCGCGGCCACCUUGACCACUUCGACUAUCAACUCGACCUCAAACAAAGUCCCAAGGGUUGAGGAGAUGAAAACAAAUAUUGAUAACCAUGUCGCGUCUAUUCGCAGCUAUUACCACCCAUGUACACCAAUCUAUCUCAUCGAGGGCAUGGGUACCUGGCUGAAAAAGAAUGUCAAUGCGAAAAAUCGACAGUAUACUGCUGCAGUGAGGGCGCAAAUGAACGAUUCUAUGACGGAACUUACUCACACCGUCCCAGUUGGGUCCCAGCCUCGGGCUAAAAAGCGCAAGAAGCCCGAGGCCCAGUCGCUAGACUUGUCAUUUAUCACUUCUGCACACGUAGAAGACCUUCUUCUGCAUUUGCAACUUGCCCAUCAGCCGAUUCUGAUACAACACACCACAUCGCCUACGAAUACUGCAUCCCAGAUAUUGACGCUUACGCAACACCUAUCGACAAGGCCGUACCGGUUAGCACAGCUUGAUUACAAUCUCAAGAAUGCCAGUUUUUGCAUGGAUAGUGGACAGGUCAAAACUGGAGACAAUGCGAGGGAGACUUUCGCUAAGAUGCUGCAGGAGGUUCAACGUGUCACUCCUAGCAUGGCAUAUGGUAUUUUGGAUAGCUGGAGCACAGUGACGAAACUGGUAGGCGGGUUUGAGAAGCAUGGUAAUCUUUUGCUAGAGGACGUUCGGAAAAGUCUCAACAAGGAUGGCGCCUGGAGUGAACGACGUUUGGGGCCGAUGGUCAGCAAGCGGCUUUACAAGGUCUUUAUGGGAAGGGACCCAUCAGCCACUGACGGCAUGUCCUGA